AUUCAAUAUUUUAAGAAAAAUAUAUUCGAAAUAUUUAUUAGAUUUAAUGUGAUCUUGUAAGUCUUCUCAUGGGUAAAUUACUAAGAUAUGUGGAAAUAUUGCUGAGAUGUCAUUUUUUUUCAGGACAUACAUCAACAGCAGACAUGUUCAGGAGAUGGUGCAGCAGUAUCCAGCACUGCGAACGUUCUUCGCGUAUGUGGAACAGACCUAUGUUAAUGGACCUGUCUUCUCAGUCCAUUUCUGGAAUGUGUACAACCGCACCAUGGAGACAAGAACAAACAACUACUGCGAAGCCUUUCACAACAGAUGGAACAAGUGUCUGGCUGUCCCACAUCCAAACAUCUGGCGUGUGAUACGUCGUAUCAAAGAUGAGGGUAGCAGAACCCUGAAUGUUCUUCAGCGCGUGGAAAGAGGAGAUCGUCUCCCCAGGAGAAGGAGGAAGUGGAGGGAGUUGGAGCGAAGGAUAACUCGAGUUCGGAGGGAAUUCGAACGAGGAGAGAGGAAUCUCAUUUCCUUAUGGAACGCCGCUGUGCACUUUAGCAAAACAUACAUUUAAAAUGUUUAAUAAGCUCACUUUUUUAGAACAUUGUUAAGUAAUAAUUACAUGACAAUCACGACGUGAAUGAUUCUAUAUAGUGUGUCAUUUUCCUUUACCAAGAAAUGUCUUAACAAAGAUCAAUAUAUAUCAAGCACAGAAAUGUUGUCGAGUUUAUUAUCUAAAGUGCUAAAAAAUUGUAUAAUUACAGUGAAAAAGGUGAAUAAGUAUUCACGACUUAAAUUUAUAUAUACUUUUUCGUUUCAGUAAAACAUACAUUUAACAUGUUUAAUAAGCUCACAUUUUGUUUUUUUAGAACAGUGCUAAGUAAUAAUGACGUGACAAUCACGACGUGAAUGAUUCUAUAUAGUGUGUCAUUUUCCUUUACCAAGAAAUGUCUUAUCGCUGAUCAAUAUAUAUCAAGCACAGAAAUGUUGCCAGUUUAUUAUUUGAAGUGCUAAAAAAUUAUAUAAUUACAGUGAAAAAGGUGAAUGAGUAUUCACGACUUAAAUUUGUCUAUUCUUUGUCGUUUCAUGAAAACAUACAUUUAACAUGUUUAAUAAGCUCACAUUUUGAUUUUCUAGAACAGUGCUAAGUAAUAAUGACAUGACAAUCACGACGUGAAUGAUUCUAUAUAGUGUGUCAUUUUCCUUUACCAAGAAAUGUCUUAUCGCUGAUCAAUAUAUAUCAAGCACAGAAAUGUUGUCAGUUUAUUAUUUGAAGUGCUAAAAAAUUGUAUAACUACAGUGAAAAAGGUGAAUGAGUAUUCACGACUUAAAUUUGUAUAUACUUUUUCGUUUCAGUAAAACAUACAUUUAACAUGUUUAAUAAGCUCACAUUUUGUUUUUUUUAGAACAGUGCUAAGUAAUAAUGACAUGACAAUCACGACGUGAAUGAUUCUAUAUAGUGCGUCACUUUCUUUUACCAAGAAAUGUCUUAUCAAAGAUCAAUACAUAUCAAGCACAGAAGUGUUGUCGAGUUUAUUAUUUAAAGUGUUAAAAAAUCAUACAAUUGCAGUGAAAAAAAUGAAUGAGUAUUCACGACUUAAAUUUGUAUAUAGUAUGUCAUUUUCAUUUCUCCGACAAGGUCUAAUCAAAAAUUUGAAUAGUAAGGACAGACGAGUUUCCUAGUUUUUAUAA